AUGAAAUGCUUAGCAUGUACUCAAGUGAUUCGUCGCGAAGAAUUAUUAGUUUGUAUACGCUGUAAGGGCACGUAUCAUUAUAAAUGCCUAAAUAUUAUUACGGCUCAGUUUAUGAAUAAAAAUCAUGAUAUUAAGCGUACAUGGUGCUGUCCUUCAUGUGUGAAUGUAACAUCACACCGUAUUAAGGACGACACACCUGUUAGAAAACAAUUCGAAUCAACGCUUAAACAGACUGACAUGUCAUGUGAGGAUAUUAUUCAGGGUCAAAGGGACUUAAAUGAGUCGCUAUCUACUGAGCAACCUAAUACGAUCAUCACCAGUAGUAUGUUACAAUGCCAGUCAGACAAAUGUAUUAAUAUCUCCCUUGAGCAACUUUCUUCCCUUCUUGAUACGAAAUUAAAUCAUAUGCGUAGCUCAAUUACUAAGGAGAUUAAGCAAGAGUUUGAUAUAGCAGUGGCUAAACUCAAAAAAGAAUUUACGGAAACUACAGAUUUUUUAUCUGCUCAACUAGUAGAGGUAAAAAGUGACAUAUCGUCUUUCAGUAACAAAAUAUCUCUUUUAGAGAGUGAAAAUGAAAAUCUACCGGCUGAGUUGUGUCUUUUAAAAAACCAAACUUUACCUUCCACAUAUCAGGAUUUGCGAAACACCAUAACUCAGUUACAAGUUAAUCUUAAUGAGCGUGAUCAACAGGCUUUAUUAAAUGACUUUGAGAUUUCUGGUAUCCCGCAAAAUAGCAAUGAAUCAGUUCCACACAUCGUUGUUGCGGUAGCAGCCAAGUUGGGCACUCAGCUCGAAGAGAGUGACGUAGUUAGCGCCAGUAGAGUGGGAAAUAGUCAACGCUUUUCUCAUUUAAAAACACAAGCCCUGGGACGUCCCCCACGUCAUCGUCAUAUUGUGGUACGCCUCUGUCGUCGAGUUAUUCGAGACGAAUUGUUACGAAAUGCUCGUGUUCGCCGUAGGGCUACAACAGCAGAUCUUGGCCUCCCAUCACAUGAACCUAGACCUUUUUAUCUCAAUGAGAGGCUUACCAGUAGUAAUCGUCAAUUAUUUGAAAAAGCACGUGAUAUUGGGAGAGGUCUUAAUUGGAAAUACAUUUGGACGAAGGAGGGACGUAUAUUUGCUAGACAGAGUGAUAGUUCGAAAAUACACCAAUUGCGAUCUAUUGCUGAUAUUGAACGUAUUUCUGGUGUUUUAUCAGAAAAUAGUUCGAAAUAG